CUUAGAGAGUCAGUCAGUAGGUCAGUGUGUUCGGGUAGGUCUAAGUGGUGAGGAGUGGGACACUGUCGUGCACCUGACGCCACAAUGGACGACUAUCCGAUGUAUGGGUUGUUGGUUGGGUUCUCUCUCUGGGGGACCCUCUUGCGUCUCCUCUUUCCUCUGGGCUUUUGGCCCACUUUCACGUGUAGAGUAGGGCCCACUCGCGGUGGUACUUUCACCCAGCCAUACACGAAAGAGGAGGAGGAGAAGAUGGUCGCCAUCCUCCAGGAGAGAAAGGAGAAGAAGAAGGUAAAAAAGAAGGCCUUGAAAGAGGAACAGGCGGCCAAAUUGAAGAAGAUGGAAGAAGAGAUGGCCAGGGAGAAAGAGAGGUUGAAAAAGGAAGAAGAAGAGAAGUUGAAGGAGGUGGAUGAAGAAGAGGAAGGUCCGCCACUGCAAAAGAGUAGUGGGCAGCACAGUGGCAGCAAUGGUGGGGACCUAGAGAAGAGGAUAUCCGAAUGGGUUGCCAAUUUGUCUGUGGGAGAAGAGGAAGAACUUCGUAUGUACAUCCCGCAGGAUCAGCAAGAGGCUGCCAUGAGGGCUUGGGAUGCGGAGAAAGAUCCCCUUAGACGACAGGCGUUGGAAGACGAGAAGAGGAUGGAGUGGAAAUUAGCAGUGAUGAGGGAGAAGAAGAGAGGAGUUGACAGGGCAGCGGGGGCGGCGGAAGAAUUAGAGGAGGUGAAAAAGCUAGAAGAGCAAGUAGCCGCCCAUACUGAACUCCCAGCCCAGAUGCGGGUCAUAGCCCGAAGCGUCGCACGCCUGACACAGAUUCAGGCAGACCAAUAUGAGUUUAGCAGGAGCCAACACAUAGCUGUGCGUUCGAUAAAGUUGGGCUUUCGGGACUUCGCUCACGUCGCUCGCAGUGUUAAGGCCUCAGACAAGCUCCAAACCAUCCAUUCUCGUAAAUGGAAGAGUGUCAGGGCACUCAAGGGUACAAUGGAUGAGCUGGUGGUUGUCCCUGACCACGGGGUCACAAAGGGCCAGUUGGUCAACCUCUUUUACCGUGCUAUGCCCGAAGCCUUUCGAGGGCAGUUCUUUGCGAAGAGGGAAGACCGUGCCACCGCUUACGAUUCCCUUAGUUGUGAAGUGGUGGCUUUUGAAGCGAAGUCCGUGUCCCUGUCUACCUUCUGGCACAAGGAUUUGGACAGGGGAAAGCAAAGGAAAGGCCGCACUAUCUCAGGGCAGAGAAACACUAAGGACAACCUUGUCCUGACUUUAGACGAGGGUAUUGUGGAUGAGAUCCCCUACGAUCAGAUUGAGUGGGGGUUAGAGGAGGAGGACAGCGGUGCGGGCCAGGGGAGAUCCUACGUUGCUGUCGCGGCUGGAGGGAGGCCGCAAGGAGGAAGCGGACAGGGCCAAGGGGGCCGGGCCUCAGGGAGUCGGUUCCAGGGCGAUCAGGGGGUUGGCGGCAGAGGAGGAAACCGCCAAGCGGGAGGCAGGGGUCAAGGUCCCUCGCAAAACCGUGCUAGGAAUAGGUCUCCCUAUAGAGUAGGACGAUGGCACCCAGGGCUACCUCAGGGUAGGCCUUGGGAAUCUUUGGGUCCGGACCAGGCUUUAUGGCAACAACGAUUGGACCGGGGCCAGUGCAUUUUCUCCGGUGACCCGGGCCACAUCAUCAACGGCUGCCCAAGGGCCAAAAGGCAGCCGCCGGUAGGGGUAGCAAUUGCCCCUACCACUAGGCCAUGUGGGGAAAAUAGCGCUAGCCGGCAGGAGACUCCCACACCACAUGUGCCUAUGGCAGAGGUUGCAGGCCGGUGUCUAGACAGUUGUCUCGAAACUACUUAUGUUAGAGUUUCGCUAGACACCUCCCUCACAGGCGUGGCCGAAGAAUUGAAGGAGAGGAUGCCCGCCUGGGCCAAGAUGAAGAAGGAGAACAAAGGGCAGCUUAUAUUGCUAGGUACAGAGGUUUUUAGAAGUAGAGUAGGGGCCCUAGUAGACUUAGGGGCCACUCGCAGCUAUAUUAUUAAGAAAGCGCUGCAGAAGUUAAGGCUGGGACUUAAAGUCCAGAAACUGACAGACCCCAUAGCUAGUAUCCUCGCAGACAAUCGUACCAUGGUUGUAGAGGAUUACGUHGAGGGAGUCCAGGCGUAUUUCUGCCUAGAGAAAGAUGGGAAAGUGGAGAAAGUUCUCCACUCCUUGACUCUCGUCAUAGAAGACAGCCUCCCGUUUGAUAUUGUGUUGGGAAUGGAUUGGGGAGAGGCAACUGGGGCAACGCUCCAUCUGAAGGAGCACGAGUGUAGGCUCCCAGGUUCUGCAGGCGAGGCUAAGACUGCUCGCCUGUUUUAUGUGUGAGGGGUAGAGAAUUCUCUGGCGCAUUGCUGCCUUAGUGCCCCCGCGUUCCCCAGAUUUGGUGAAGGAGGGAUUGGAGGAACAGGUCUUUGUUGCCUAUGUU